AGCUGUUAACAGCCGCGUCGCGUAGCUGUUUCCCAGAUGAGUGCAGGUUCUAUGGCACCUUGGUAUAGAGCCGCAUGAAUUUACUAGAAGCAUCAACAUUCCAGACGCUUCAGAUAACAGUGCACCCUGAAAAGGGAGAAGACAGGUUCACCGACGUGACGAAGGUCACGUGCCAGCCUGUCACUCCAUCACCAGCGCGUAUCGACGCGUUUUAAAUCGUUUGGCCCUUCAAUCACUACCAUGACCACCGCGUGUGCAGAUGGCGACCACGAAGAAUACCAAUACCUGAAUCUCGUUCGACGCGUCAUCGAGAAUGGGGAGUGUCGAGACGACAGGACCGGUACUGGCACACUGUCCAUCUUUGCUCCACCUUCGCUGCGCUUCUCCCUCAGAGACGGGACAUUUCCACUUCUUACCACUAAGAAAAUAUUUGUGAAGGGUAUUGCUGAGGAGCUGCUAUGGUUCAUACGUGGGGACACGGAUGCGAAAGUUCUCGACGCCAAGGGCGUCAAGAUAUGGAACGGGAAUGGUUCGAAGGAGUUCCUCGAGAAGCGUGGUCUUGGUCAUCGAGAGGAGGGUGAUCUGGGUCCGGUCUAUGGAUUCCAAUGGAGACACUUUGGCGCGGAGUAUGUAGACUGCAAGACAGAUUAUGCGGGACAAGGGGUAGAUCAACUGCAGGAGUGCAUAAGGAAGAUCGUGGAGACACCCACGGACCGCCGCAUCAUUCUCAGCGCUUGGAAUCCAGCUGCUAUACCACUGAUGGCGUUGCCUCCCUGCCAUAUGAUGUGCCAAUUCUACGUCCAUAUCACCCCCAACGCCUCCUCAAAAAAUCGCUUGUCUUGUCUAAUGUAUCAGCGUUCCGCUGACCUCGGACUGGGCAUACCCUUCAACAUCGCAUCGUACGCUCUGCUCACACACCUAGUCGCACAAGUCACCAAUACCGAAGCCCACGAACUGAUCAUCCAGCUCGGCGAUGCGCACGUGUACAAGAACCACGUGGAAGCGCUCGAGAAGCAGGUGGAGCGUCAUCCUAAGCCCUUCCCGAAACUGCGGUUCAAGAAGGAAUUGGAGAGCUUACGAGACCUCGAACAGUUGAAGUAUAGUGCUAAGGAGGCGGAGAGUGAUUUCGUCGUUGAAGGUUACCAGUCACAUGAAGUGAUACCGAUGAAGAUGAGCGUGUAACAACAACUACUGUUGUAAUUCUUGGAUACCCCCUGUACACGUAUUUACUUCGAGCCGUGUACUUUAGAUGUGUAGUACAAGGGACCGUUCUUGCCCCGGAAUGCUGUCGUGUAUGAGUACUGUGACGGCAGGUUUUGUCUCAAUCAGUCUCGAACUAUCAGGCAAUGAAUGGCAGCCAAUGUGUGUGCGUCCUGAAUACGCUCGGAUGUUCCGAGCUUAACAGCUUCGAGCUUCUUCAUGCCCAAUAGCGAUUUCGCCCACCUUUCUGAUAUCUACAUAUUAUUAGUAGCACACUCGGAUAAUAAAAGAAGACAUACGAUGCAACUGAAUCCCAGCG